GGCGGAGCGUGUGCGAGUGAGGGGUUCUUGAAGAAUAAGGGGCGUAAGGCGGGGUGUCUGCGACUGCGCGGACUAUUUUAAGGAACGCAGGAAAGUAUUUUCCUGGGUACAAUCGACGGCCUAGAUGGGAUUGGAUUGGAUUGGAUUAAAUUGGAUUGGAUUGGAUUGGAUUUUCCAGCGACUCAUCGCGACUCGAACGGCUACUUGGACUUCCGAACCCUCUGCGCCGAGCGUUGCAUUGCAGGCGCGCGCUGCUCGCGCUGUUAACAGCGAGUUUACAAGCGACUGGGUAGCUGCAGGCGCCCGCUGCUCGCGCAUCUACUCUGCCGCAUUUCCUGCUUGGAGACUCGUUGCGUCGCAGGGUAGCUGCAUUUCCUGCUUGGAGACUCGUUGCGUCGCAGGGUAGCUGCAUUUCCGUCGCCGAGAGUUUGAUUGCAGGCGCGCGCUAUUCGCGCUUCUAAAAGCGAGAGCAAGCGACUGGGUAGCUGCAUUUCCUGCUUCGAGACUCGCUGCAUCGCUGGGUCUAUUUUUGAGGCGCCUCAAAAAUAGACUCCUCACGCAGGGUAGCUGCAUUUCCUGCGCCGACCAUUGCAUUGGCACGCGCGACUCGCACUUCUAAAAGCGAGAAAAAGCGACUGGGUAGCGGCGCUUCUUUUGAGUCGACUCAAAAGCACUUCCUGCUUCGAGACUCGCUGGCAGGGUAGCGGCGCUUCCUGCUUUGAGACUCGUUUCGCCUUGGGGCUGCUGCAGGCUCGGGUGGCUGCGGUCUGGUGGGCGUUAUGAAGGGCGCUUUCGGCAAGAUGAUGAAGAAUCUCGGAGGGUUGAGCAAGAAGAAGGACAAGACCUUCGUUCACCCGGACUUAAAGCCUCUGGGCGGCGACGGCGCCCCGCCCAUGUACUCCAUGGACGAGCUGACCGCCGCCACCAACAACUUCAAGGAGAAGCUCGGUGAAGGGGGGUUCGGAGCGGUGUACAAGGGGUACCUCAAGGUGGAGGACGGUGGGGAGGCGGCGGCUGCUGCUGAGUCGCUGGGGGUUGACCUGAGCGCGAUACGUGAGGGCGAGUUGGUGGUUGCGGUUAAGAUGGGUGCGGCUAAGGUGCUGAGCGCACGGGAGCAACUCAUGACGGAGACGGAGAUGAUGGUGAUGGGCAAGCUGCGCCACCCCAACAUCCUGCGCCUGCUGGGGGCGUGCAUCUCGGACAACAGCAUGGCCAUGAUCUACGAGUUCAUCCCGUGUGGCGACGUGCACGAGUUAUUGGAGAGAGCGCGCGAGGGCAAGGAGGAGUUUACAUUCAAGGACCGCGUGCGAGUGGCCAUGGGGUGCGCCGAGGCGCUGGCGUUUAUCCACAGCCAGGAGUACGUGCAUCGGGACUUCAAGGCGCCCAACGUGCUGCUGGCAGAGGGCCUGUCCCCCCGGGUGGCUGACUUUGGCUUGGCGCGCAUAGUGGAGAAUUGGAAGGAUCAUGUGACCACCAGAGUCAUGGGGUCAAGGGGGUACAUCGACCCAGAGUACUUUGUGUCAGGCUACUUGAACAACCACAGCGACACCUUUGCCUUUGGCAUCUUCCUCAUCGAGCUCGCCACAGGCCACUCCGUGAUCGAGCCCAACUUUGAAGCGGUGGUGACCGGUGCCGUGCGGUCGGAGCCGGUGGACCUGCAGGCGGUGAUGGACCCGAGACUGGAGGGGCAGUGGAGCGAGGAGCAAGCAAAACUGCUGCUGGAAAUUGCCAAAGAGUGCGUGAUUCCCGAUUGGGACAACCGGCAGCCCAUGGACCACAUGGUUGAGAUGAUGCAGGGAUUGGUGGUAGAGUAGAGUGUCAACUUAUAUAUAUAUAUAUAUAUUAUUUAUAUAUAAUUGUGUAGGCUUGGUAGGUUAGGUGUGCUGCAAUACUGGAUCCUACUGUAGAGGAUACACCACCCUUCUUGUACCCCUCUCUUCUAGUCCAAAUCCCUCG